AUGAGGCUCAUCGUCAGCACUCCGGCUAUGGCGCUUGCUGCUCGAGGUGCACUUCAGCAGCUCGUAGACCAUGUUGAGCAUGGGGGGGAUCCGGAAUACAUCAACAACUUUGUCACUGCCAUGCUCAUAUCAAUGUCAAGUGACGAUGAUGGUGACGACGGCGACACGCGUCCGUACGAUGAAAAUGACCUCGCCAGAGACGAGGACCGGCUGAAAAACCCCUCAACCGUUCUCAACCCCGGCGGAUCCUUCUGUUGCCCUUUCUGUCCGGAGCCUGAGUACCAGCGGUGCAGCCUUGACGAGAUCAAGGCACACGCGGAAGAGCACACAAAAGCUGGGUGUUCCUCCGUAGAUCCCGAGGAAAGGGUGUCGGAUGGCAUGAGGGAAGGGGCCAAGGAGAGUCGUCAGCACAAAUUGCUGUUGGAUCGGCUGAUGCAGCCGGAUUUACAGCCGGGGGAGCCUGUCCGGACUGUAACUAUAAGCACCGCCCGACCUCUUCUGUCACCGGCAGUUGUCGAGGUGUUAGAUGAGCAAAAAGCGAUCAAGGUGAUGCUUGCGGGGGGGAAUAAGCGCGUGAAGGCGGGGGGGAAUAAGCAGGAGCAGGAGCGGGGGGGUAAGCAGGAGCAGAAGCAGGGAGUUAAGCGGGUGAAGGCGGGGGGGGAUAAGCAGGAGCUGGAGCGGGGGGUUAAGCGGGUGAAUUCGGGGGGGGGGUAA